ACUCUAAUUAAAGUGCAUUUAUUUUUACCGACGUUUCAGCAAGUAGACGGUUACACGCCUGGUGUGGACUAUCCGAUCUACGACUCGGUGCCUUUCGGUCUCACGUUUACCUGCGGAGGCAAGUUACCUGGUUAUUACGCCGAUCCCGAAGCUAGAUGUCAGGUCUGGCAUUGGUGCUUGCCAAAUGGGCGCAUGUUUAGCUUCCUUUGUCCAAACGGUACCGUUUUCAGCCAGUCAGCUCGCGUCUGUGAUUGGUGGUUCAAGGUUGAUUGCAACGAUUCGCCAAGAUUGUACGGUAUCAACGAUGACCUGUACAGAGACGUGAACGGGAACAAGAUCUAAUAACUGUUAUCUGUGAAUAUUUAAACGCGUGUCGACGAAAAGUAUUUCCGUCUCUUCGACGAGACAGUAUUUCAACGGAAGCAAGAUACGUGCAACGAGUUGCGAGUUUCUAGCUUGCCGACGGAGAAAAGCAGAGCGCUGUAAUAUUGUCAGACGUUAAAUUACACGACGACGAUCGAACGUUACAAAAUGUUCGAACUUGUAGCUAUAUAUUUUCGAAUAGAAUCAGUUAAAAUUUUUCCGAGAAAUUAAUCCAAAUUGCUCUUAAUCUCUUUAUAACAAAUUUGAUUCCUCAAUAAAGAACAACAGAUGCAUUAACCUUU